AUGACAGAGAGGCGAUCGGCCCAGGUUUGCGAUCGUUGUCGCAUUAAGAGAAUCAAAUGCGACGGACGUCAGCCUAGAUGUGGAAAAUGCGAGAGGGCGGGAAGCGAGUGUUCUGUGUCCGUUCGCUUAAGAAGAAGGACUACUCCUCGAGGCUAUGUAGAGCCAACCGAUGAAGUUAUUCAACAACUUCAGCAGGAGCUAGAGGCGGCCCGAAACCAGCUACAACGCGCUUUUGCGCGCGAGCGAGAGCUGAGUGCCACUGUAGCGUCCCGGAAUCAAGAGAUUGAACAUCUGAGAGAGCUCAAUGGGACAUCGCGAGACACCAGUGGGCUUUCUGGUCAAGCAAAUGACCCUACCUCAGUUCCAGCUACAGGUCCGGUGGUGGGACAUCUCGGACGACUGGUUCUAGGGGAUGAUAAUGCGGAAUUCUUUGCGGGCUCUACGACCGGCGUCCAUUUUGUCCUAUCGGCACAGCAGCAGUAUCAAGUGGCAUUUUCUUCGCGUGAGCAUUUCCCUGAAUGCAUGUUUCGACUUCAUGUCCUUCAACCUACUCAUUUGCGGGGCACCUCGUCUGGGAACAUUAUUCCUGAUCGGACAAGUGAUGCGGCUACUGAUUUCGGGUCCAAUAGCUGCGAGGCUGAAUGUAGUCACAUUCGCAAGUUGGGAGCGAACGUGAUUCGUGGGGCAUUCGAGAAGUACAUUCAGAAUUGGGGAUCUCUGUAUCCUGUUCUAUUGGCAAAGCAGUUCUUUGAAAAUUUGGAGGAGAUAAUGACUGGCUCGUCUCUUCUAUUGGAUCAGUACCGAGCUGUGCCGUUUAUAUUUCAAGUUUAUGCUUUGAUGGCACUUGAUUCUGCCAAAAGCAGCAGAGAUUCAUCACUUGGGUCGGCUUCUUUAUGUCCAAAUCCAGUGGACGACAAUGCCGUUUUGAGCAGUUUGUAUGGUCGCAUGCCGUGUCGAGGAGACCUGAAUAGUCUCCAGGGUCUCAUUCUAUAUCUUCUUUAUCUCCAGACAACAUCGCAACACUCACUGGCGAUUCGUGUUUGUGGAACGGCGGUCAGGUUGGCCCAAUCCCUUGGACUCCAUCGCCAUUCUAGGCGGUUCAAACAUUCACCCGGUGAAGCCGAACUGCGAAAGCGCCUAUGGUGGGCUGUGUUUGCCCUUGACAUACAUGCGUGCAUCCUUUACGGUCUUCCUAGGACAAUUCAACUGGCAGACACUGAUACCGAUCUUCCAAUUAACACGGAUUAUGACGACCUAUGCUGCGAUCAGCUUUCCUAUCCUUUACCCGGCGAAACUACCAAUGUUGAACCCUUUCUUCAUCACGUUCUUCUGACACAAAUUCUAUCUCGGUGCCUGGAGCAGAUGUAUACAACUACAAACCGUCGAGGUGGAGUUGCAAAGAUUCAUCGGCUUCAACGAGAAAUAGAAGUCUGGAAACAGAAUGUGCAGUCAGAUUUACCAGGAGUGGCGCUCGUCAAGCAGAGAAUUCAGACAAAACUGGAUAACAUCAAUAACAAUAAUAGUGCGAUUUUACCCGCACAGCAUCCUGAUUUCAGCUCACUGUGGCUCUUUAUGCUGGGCGAGCUGGCUGUGAUGUUAAUACAUCGACCUGCGUUGACAUUUGGCCCUCGUGAGCCACAGUUUGUUGACAGUCUACAAUCAUGCGUGGAGGCAGCAACGCACCUGAUUUCAGCUUUCGACAUUGCACGGGAGGAGUACCUGAUUACGCGCUUAUGGCCCCUGGGAUAUCACUUGAUCUUUCAGAGUGGACUGACACUCUUGUACGAUCGGUGGUUUCAGGAUCUGACCCGACCGCCUCGAGCUGUAACAAAUGUUCCUAACUUGGCACCUCUCAUUUGCCUGGGUAUUGGUCUAUUGUCCAAACAUGCCACUAUCUUAGAUGAAAGAGUGGAACUCGGAGCGACGGAUGCCUCAUCUGUAGCAGAUGCUAUACGAACACUACAACAGAUUGCUUCAUAUCUCCACCGCCUGUUCAUGCAAACCGUUGACAAAGAGUCUCUAUCCCUCGACCACAACCAGCCUAUACAUAAUCCCACGGAAGCACUGAAUCCUGGGUUUGAUUCGACUAUCCCAGGCCUUGGAGCAGUGCAAAGCAUGGAGCCAUCGAUGGACGUUCCGGAAUACGCCACAUCGAUGUGGCCACCGCUGUCUAUCGACGAGAUAAAUCAAAUGGAAUUAUUUGAAUUCACGGACUCUCUGCUGAUACCAUGGGACAGUUGA